CUUAUUGCAAACAGAAUAGUAGCUGGUUGUGUAUUGUCUCAAGUUCGAGAUGAAAGAAUGGAAUGGAAUUUAAAGAAUGCUGCACUUUUUGGGUUUGGAAUUUUAACAACUUUGGGUUACGGAAAAAUAGAGCCGAGAACAACUCAGGGAAGGUUAUUUACUGUUUUUUAUGGUUUUCUUGGAGUUCCCUUUACUGUUAUUAUUUUUACAAAUUUUGGUCGUUAUUUACAAAAAUUUGAAAAAUAUUUAAGGAAACAAUUUUGGCGUAGAUGGAGGCGGCUAUUUAAUAAAAGAAAAACUUCACAACAAAUUAUUAGAAAAGAGUUAAGUUUAAAUAAAACUAGUUUAAAUCCAAAAUCACCCAAUUUAUUAGAAAAUUGUAAUGUUCAAAUAGAUGAACAAAUUGAAGAAAUAAUUGAAGAGGAGGAGGAAGAAGAAGAUGAACAUACAUCUCCACUUACUUUAAUUUUUAUUGUUAUACUUUAUUUGUUUCUGGGAGCUAUUUUAAUUGACUGGCUAGAUGAACAAGUAGAUUUUCCUAAUGGAAUUUAUUUUGCUUUUCUUUGUUUAACAGCUAUAGAAUAUGGAAAAUUAAUACCUUCUGAAGUAAUUUAUUUACCUAUAGUAAUUGUUUAUAUUUGUUUUGGUUUGGCUAUAUCUACAAUUGCUUUAGAUAUUGGAUCUACUUAUGUCAAAAAACUUUAUUAUUUGGGUCGAAAGAUAAGAAAUAUUGCAAGUAUUAAAAUUUGGUUUGGUGCAAAACAUUUACGGGUCAGAGAAUUGUUGGUAGCUUUAGGACAAAAUAUCGGUUUAGAGCCUGCUGUUUUGUGUGAUCUAGAUUUGGAAAAAUUAAUUUCGAAUGCUAUUCAAGUAAAGGAAGGAAGACUUAAUAGAGUACCUCAAACACAUAUGAUUAUGGAUGGAAUUUGGCCACCAGAAUUAGUCCCUCUAUUUCUUAGAGACGGACAAUUCCCCGAAUGGGUAGAUGCAGAUGAAAGAAAUAAAAGAAAAUGGAGUGCCAUAAGCCUUUUACAAAUCCAAAAACGCCUUAGAAGUAGUUUACGUGGGGGCGGGGGAGGAGGGGAAAGAGGUUCUUAUCGUUCAUCAAUGGGACAACGUUCACAAUCAGAAAUUUCCAAUAGAAAAAGUUCUGUAAUAAAUAGAGGAAGUGCUAGAUCUACUUUACGAACAAUUAAUAGCAGUAGUCAUCAACCGCCGGACACAACACCCCCACUACCUCCUGAAAGGCUUUCUGUUCGAUUUGAGGUAAUUUUUAAAAAGUUUAUCUGA